CGUUCCCGCUGGGGCUGCCAUGAGGGCCUGGCGCGCCCUGCGGCGGGCAGCCUCCUCCGACCUCUCCUCCGGCCAUGGGCCGGCCCCCGGCGGGAGGCCGCGGAGGCGAGCGUGGGAGGCGUCGCUGUCGCCUCUGGAGCGGGUGAGGCGCCUGCUGCCGCCGGAGGAAGCGGAGGCGGUGGGCCGGUGCGCGGCGGCCUCUCGGUCACCCUCUGAGAGGGAGAAGGAGAUGGGGAUGGAGAUGGAGGCGGAGGAGGUGGCGGCCGACCUUCAGGCGCCUCUCGAAGCGACGGGAGCGCGCCCCGGGCCGUUCCGCGCCGGGGAGCUGGCGCUGGCGGAGAUGCGGCGGAAGCACAACGCGACGCUGAAGCAGAUGUGCUGGCUGGCGGCGGGGUCGGCGCUGACCACCCCCGGCGGCGUGCUGCCCCACCGCGACAUCAUCGGGCAGCUGCCCGGGCAGGUGCUGCGCGCCUCGGCCGGGGCGCGGUUGCUGCUGAGGCGGCCCUCGCUGGAGGAGUACGUGCUGCUGAUGCCGCGGGGGCCCACCAUCGCGUACCCCAAGGAUAUAAAUGCUAUUUUAAUGAUGACGGAUGUCCACCCGGGAGACACCGUUUUGGAAACUGGAAGUGGGUCUGGCGCUAUGAGCUUGUUUCUGUCAAGGGCAGUGGGGCCCAGAGGACGUGUUAUAAGCUAUGAAGUCAGGGAGGAUCAUCAUAAUUUAGCUAAGAAGAAUUACAAGAACUGGCGUGCUGCGUGGGAAAUCGGACAUACAGAAGAGUGGCCAGAUAACGUGGAUUUUAUUCUUAAAGACAUUUCAGCAGCUGCUGUGGAUAUGAAAUCUGUAACACUUGAUGCAGUCAUACUGGAUAUGCUUGACCCUCAGUCUGCUCUGCCUGUUGUACGUCAAAGUCUGAAACAGGGUGGUGUGUGUGCUGUGUAUUUAGCAAACAUCACACAGGUUGUUGACCUUUUAGACAGAAUAAGGACCUGCAAGCUCCCUUUUGUGUGUGAAAGGAUCCUCGAGGUGACCCAUCGAAAAUGGAUGGUGCUCCCUGCUAAACCUAAGAAUUGCAAAACAAGCGAAAUGGUGGAAAAUCAAGAAAACAUUGAAGAACCACCUCAAAAGCAAUAUGAAGAAAUCCACAUUCAGGAUCAAGUAGUUCUUAAAGAAAAUGAAUACAAUGAAUCACUUUCUGACAGUGCUGAACCGUACUGGUCGGUGCCUUAUGUUGCCAGACCGGCUUGUUGGCAGGAGGCUCAUUCAGCAUUCCUUACACAGCUGAGGAAGUUUCAACCACUGUUCUCUGGACACUAACAAGAUUGUCCUUGCUAAUUUAAGUACUGUAUCCUAAUAAAAAGUUACAAGGGAGCUGCUACAUUUUGCAAGUUGUGUAACUUUUAAGUAGUGACUGCUUUGAGUUUUACUGCAUUCAAAGUUUGAAAGCCCACCUACUAUUUGAAGGGAAAUGUUUUAACAAUUGUCAAGUAUGGUGGUGUGAUGCAAGGUGACAGGUUGUUCUGCAAAGCACUGUGUCUGUUUCUGUCUCAUCAGAUGUGUUUCAUUCUUCAUUGCUUGUAAACCAUUCCAUGGAUUUGUCUUGCUUCAAGGUGCUUCGUGGUCUGCUUUUGCUGGAUAGACUCUGGCAGCCUGCCAGAAAGGAGGAUAAAAAAACUUAGGAAGAAGCUGAUAGAUCAAAGCCUGCACUUUAAAAUGCAAGGCUUCUGGCUUCACUGGCUACCAACUGGUGGCUAUCAUUUUCUUUAGAAUGAUGUUCUUAAAGCACAGCUGUAAGAGAAACUGAAAUUCAGUUUGUUCUCUUGAUAAACUGUUUAUUUCAAGAAAAGUUGUUGACAUGUGCAUAGCUUUGGUUCACUUCCAGCACCCCUGAUGAAAGUUGCCAGCAUAUAAACCAUUCUCCAAUGGUCAAAAUAAACACUUUUUUUUUUUCUGACUUUUGUCAGACAGGAAAAGCAAGAUCUGUGAGGUGGAAAAAGAUUUAAAAUUAAGUCUUUUAAGAAUCUCGCCUAAGUCUCCACAUAAGUACAUGGUGAUGGUUUAACACAUUAAAUUUAUUAAAUGGUGUGUUGUAGACAGCUGACUUUUUCUCUAUCUCAAGGAAGACCCAACUGCCAAUGCUUUCAAAGUUGAGAGAUCUCUUGAGAAUCACAGCUACACCUGAAGCUGUCAAAAGCAGCAACAAUCCUACUAUAACAGCUAAAACUUGUAUAUCAGUGAGAACAUAUGCAAAUAAAAUCUAAAGCUAUAAACAUCUGUAACUCCGGAUUAAAUUAGUACUAAAAACUCUGCAGUGGUUAAGCCCAUGAAAGUAUCUGCAGAGCUGAGGCCUUAUACUGCUCCUCCAGGACAUUUACAUCCCAAGUGUGUUCCAGUCUCAAAUGAAACAAGGGUUUGCCCCUUGUUUGCUGUGUGUAAGGGAGGCUUCUCAGGCUCAGGAUGCUGUUUUUUAAUAGUUUCAUAUGCAAAGAUUCAAGUACAUAAAGUAAUUUUCACAGUAAAUUCACAAUUGUAUUGUUUUCUACUCACAUCGCAGUCUCUAAAUGAAACCUUGUCUAAACACUGGCAGCAAUUGAGAUACACUUAAAGAAAGGUGUGAAUUGGGAUUUAACAUAUGUCCAAGCUGAUGACAGCAACUGAGGAACCUGCCCUUUCUAAAACUAGUGCUCUCAACAAGAGCAAUUCACGAUGCCCUCUUCUAACUCGAGUGAGAUGGACCAGUAUUUCUACUUUUUCUUCUAAGCAGUUCUAAGUGUUCCAAAUAGGAUUCUCAAUUUAGUUAUAAAGUAAGAAUAGUAAUAAAUGCUUAAAUAGAUUGGCAUACAACCCAAAGUCUACUGUAGUAAAUGAAAGUAGUUUGAUGAGAAUAUAAAGUAGUUAGUACUUCCAGGACAUUAAGAUACAAGAUGUGGAAAUGAAGCCUGGGCAGUAAAAACAGAGUUCUGCCAAAGUUGCUGCACAGGUAAUAGCAAUGUCUGCUAACACAGAUUUGAGUCUCAUCAUGCCAGGAAGGGCAUGGGAGUCUUUACAGUAUUCUGAAGGGCAAAUACAGCCUUAUCUGCCUAAACUACUUGGAAAUUAUUUGCAAUAUCAAACCAUACCUUGGGCUUUAUGAAAAGGAGGGUCAACAAGCAUUUUUUCAGUUGGAAAGGUGUCCUUCAAAUUCUGGGAUGAAUGUAAUUCUGUAGUCUCCAAACUGUCUGUAGAUGAGGAAGAUGAUGAUAAUCCUAGUUGAACAAAUCUUCCUUUCUUGCCACAGAGCAGACAGUCUGUGGGAGUAGCGCCAGGUCCUCGGGGCAGCUGUACUUGGUCACUGUAGUUUCUCACAGCUCCACUAUGGUGCACAGAACGUUCUCGCUGCCACACGUAAUGUGUUGGAGCAAUAGCCAUCACCUACCAGAACAGCCUUUGCAUCAGACAUCAUCAAAAUAAAGGGAAAACAUACAGCUGAAAACAAGGGGACCAAUUCACAUGUGGCAGAGAGUUAAUACUAGGUAGCUGAAAUGGGCUGCCAUGUUAAAAGUGUGUCAUGAGGUUUUUUUAAAUGCAGUGAAAAACCUUUCUCUUAAGAAGUCAGAUAAAAUACUAAUUUUGAAGGGACUAAAAUUUCACCUGAGGAGCUGAGGUUUUUAUUUGAAGGUUUUACUUGUGUACAAACUUAAAAUUUGUACAGUGAACAUGCACAAAACCAUUUCUAAAGUGAAUGAAGUGAAAAAGUGAAAAAAAAUGAUAAUUUUUAAAUAAAAAUAUUUGCAUAAAGCAGAAAGAUUCCAGCCAAUAUAAACUUCCCUUUGAACCAUAGUGCAUGGUAAAAUAUUUCUUUAUCAUAAGGCUGCAAAGAAUGCAGAAGGAUACAAAAUGUUCAUGGAGGAUAAAUGGGCCAUUACAUUUCAGCUGCAUCUUUUCUUUCCCAUGGCUUGUCAAUGCACUUCAUGAAAGAAAUUAUUUGUACAGAGCUAGAUUGUUAGCUGCUUUUAACUGUUGUCGUUUCAGCAUCUACAAUACUAAAACACUCCCUACCUCUUCACAGCAGCGUCUGCUUACAAUAGCCCUGUAGUCAAUUCUACGCCAUAGUUGAUCUCUUAACUUUAAGAAAUCAGGGAAGAGCUUUCUCCAGGCUUUUCCCAAAGCCCAUGGGAAAAUUUCAUACUUUGCUUCUUCAUCAUCUUCUUCAACCGUAUUUGCCAGAUACCUUCAAAUAUAUAUAUAUGUUUGUGUCUGUAAAUGCUGUUAAGCAAUCUUAAGUCACUACAUGAGUAUCACUGCUAGUACUAAAACACAUUGAAGCAGUUCUUUUCCCCAAUAUUGUGAGAAAAACUGCUAAUAAAAUACAGCCUUCUCUCUGGUGUACAAGAUUUCCUUCAUCAGAAAGCUCCAUAUGUAUCCUUUGAGUACCUAAGAACUUAAUGUAAGCUAUUACAAAAAUUGUUUUACCCUAGAGUCUCCUAAAUUAGUAGAUAUACAAGAACUGACACCUUUUGACAGCUUUUUCCAAAUUGGCAAGAUAUCUUUACACUAAAAUGAACAAUUUCUGUCUGAUGCUCUAAAUCAAGCUUAAAACUAUCUUACAAAAUCUGAAAUCUUUACAUUUGCUACUUCAUGGGCUUUAUCCUUGGAAAAUUAUGUUGUUUGCAUCAAAUUAGUGGAAAACCACUAGACAGAGGUCUACUCUCAUGUAUAAAUGGAAACCUUAUUUUCUUCAUGCCCCUAUUUCUUCCUUCCUUCACUAUGUGAUACUCUUGGUUCUGAGUCAUCUUCUCGGUCAUCAGGAAAACAUUUACUCCCUCUGGAUCCACCUGAUACUAAGCUCCUGUAAGCCAUACCUGAAAAAAUUACGACUUUUAGCCUCCUCCCAAAUUUUCUCACUUGCUCCUAACCCAAAUAUUCACUCUAGCCACAGUCUCACCAGGCCCUUUGUCUCUUUCUAAUCCGCUCACUCUUCUGGCCUGGCUUCUCUCCCUGCAGUGCAGAGUCAGAUAGCUUCUUCCUAUAUGCUCUGGGGAUGUGACCCAGAACCCCAUGUACAGUAGAAGAAAGAGCCAUCUUUCCCCCUGCACUAAUGUGCAAAUCAGAGCACCUGAGAAGCUCUGUUACAGAAAAAGAUGACCUGAAAACCAUAACACUGUGAAAGAAAACGCUGAAUCACCCUGUAGUCGUAGCCAAAUGUUGAGAGAUGAUACAGGCUCAGUAAAGACAGAUUACUGAUUGCACCUCUGUUCCACAGUAUAGAAAUUUUAGAACUGCUCAAAGAUGUUCUCAGAAAUUCUCUAGCAACAUUGACAGUUGGUUUAAGUCAUACUGACAGGAACUUUUAAUAAAAGUUACUGCUGAGGUGCAUAUCAUGAGGAAACAUUUUGGAACAAAUAAAUGUUUGGUAAGUCAUAAAACAGGACCUUUUAGCAGGAAGUGUGAGCCAAGUAUAUGUUGCCAUGUAUUGUCCUGCAUAUAUUUCUUGUAUAGUGCUUUAAAAAAUUCACAGAUGUCGUUUGGUAUGCAGAAUGUCACACUAUGCAUCCCUGCACCAGCACAAACAUUCCCUCACUGCUGCCCAAGCUCGUUCCUCACAGGUGAUCAUCAGAGGCAGAUUGUUGGAUUUGUGCUAUUUAUAUCUAGCACAUAGGUUAUGUUUGUAUACUUCAUAUAGAAUCAUAGAAUAGUUUCAGUUGGAAGAGAUUUUUAAGAUCGAGUCCAGCCUUUGUCCUAGCCCUGUCAACCACUAGACCAUUUCCCUAAGUGCAACAUCCAGCCGUCUCUUAAACAACUACACACUCAUUAAAGAAGUCUCAUCAUAGAUCAUAAUUAUCAGUGGCAUCAAUAAAGGAGCAAAAUAAUGCCAUUUAUGCUAAUAAAAUCAGAUAAUUUAAAAGUACUUACAGAGCGACAAAGAAAUUGAUUCUGGUAUGCUCAUUUAUUGUGAAGUUAGCCCUCUUGAAAUAAACGAAUGUCAUUGCCAAG